UAGAGCUAGGCAAGAAAAGACCUGCCUGAUAAUUUGAGUGAAGAUUUGCAAGGAGGGAGGAGGAAAGAGAAAGAGAAGAAGGGAAGCAGGCACUGCAAGAAGCAGUGUGGAUGACUCAAUACAUGGCACACUUCUGAGUCAGUCCAGUGAAGUAAGACACAGCAGGCGGAAGUGUCAUCUUAGACUCUUGUGGAAAAUGCUGAUCAGCUAAAUGUUCUUCAGUAGUACUCAGUAGUACUCAAAGAACAAAGAUAUGGUUAGAAAUCAUUAGGAAAAAAAUCCAGAAAAACCCAAUAAUUGUUUAUAAAUCCAUAGUGCACUUAUGUUUUGAAGACUAUAUGCAAGUUCUGUCCUGUCCUCCCCAUCUCAGACAAGUUGUAGCAUAACUGGAUGCAGUACAGAAGUGUGUGGCAAAAAAAGUCAGAAUUAUGAAAUCAGAUUCCAUCUAAGGGAGAGUUAGAGAAUGUACUACUGUAGCUUGGGAAAGCAAGGAGUGGGAAGGUGUGUGCUAGAGGUGUAAAAAAACUGAACUGCUUAACAAGCUGAAAUAGGAGAUGUUCACUCAAUUUUUUCUUCUGGCGUAAUAAUUAGGAGCUGUCAGGUAAAACAAACAGGUAACAGGCUCAAAACAAGUCAGAGACAACUCCUGUAUUUCAUUUGUUCUCUUUAAACUGUGUAAUUCCUAUAUUAAUUGUGUAAUGCAAAUGUUUACUUUAAAUUAUGGAAGUUCAUAUUGGAAACCACUAAUUGAAAGUUUUUUUCCAUUUUGGCAGGGAAACAUGACAUCAAAAACGCUGUUUUCAUGUAACAUUGCAACAGCAUUUCUGUCUUUAAUUAUUGCAAAGAAAUGUGAAGCCUAUGAUGUGAUGUUCAAGCAAAGUCUUGUGCCUGAUGGGCAGCCUCUUGCUAUUAAAUGUUCACUGGAAAAGAGCUUGAAAAGUGGAGGCUACAACUUAACAUGGUAUAAAGUUGGUAACCAAAGAGCUGUGCCUAGAGACAAACUGUCUAGAGUUCAUCAGCAGAAGAAUCUAAUUUGGUUUCUUCCUGCAAUGUUAGAAGAUUCUGGAGAUUAUGAAUGUGUCAUAAGGAAUUUGACAAGCUGCAAGAAAAUGUGUACAAAAGUAACAGUUUUUGAGAGGAUUGAUGGUUUAUGCUUAAAUGAAAAAUUUGCUGUGGAGGAGGUGAUAUUCACGUCAUCUUCUGCAAAGGUCGUGUGUCCCCACUUGGAUUAUUUCAGGAAGGAGAAGAAUAUUCAGCCUGUUCGUUGGUAUAAGGACUGCCAGCUGCUGAAAGGAAAAAGGUUUGCCAUUUCAAACAGUGACCUUAUAAUUUUCAAUGUGACUGUACAUGAUGGAGGAAACUAUACGUGUGAAACAACAUAUACCUAUGAUGGGAAACAAUAUAAUGUUUCACGAGACAUCAGUCUGGUUGUAGAAGUGACCCCACCAAAAAAGCCUCCAGAAAUAACUUACCCUAGAAACAACUCCAUUGAAGUAGAACUUGGCUCACAGGUUACUGUGGAUUGCAACACCACAGGUGCUGAUGGGUAUGAUGUGUACUGGACAGGCAACGGUAUUGAUGUAUUUUAUAUGAGCAGAAUUUUUGCAAGUCCCUAUGAGGGAGAAACUUCUUACGACGGGCGCCCUAUGCAUUCUGUGAAGCUAAUCAUUUCAGAAGUAAGCAGUGAAGAUUAUGAACAGCCUUUUGUCUGUCAAGCUUCAAAUGCCUUUGGCCAAGUUGCAUCCUAUAUUAUAUUAAAACACAGAGUUCCUGACAUACAAAGAUGGCUGACUGGAGGGCUUGUCUCUUUGUUAAUUUUAACAUUUAUUACUUUAAUAAUCUACAAGAUUUUCAAGAUUGAUUUGGUGCUUUGGUACCGUAAUUCUGCCUGUGCCCUUACAAGUGAGGAAGAUGGAAAAAUCUAUGAUGCAUAUGUCCUGUACACAAAAAGCAGUGAAGGCAGAAGUAUAUGUUGUCUGGAAACCUUUGUUCGUAGGAUACUUCCAGAUGUUUUAGAAAAACAAUGUGGAUAUAACCUUUUCAUAUUAGGAAGGGAUGAUUUACCAGGAGAAGCUGUGGUCAGUGUUGCUGAUGAAACCCUUAAGCAAAGCAGAAGACUGAUGAUGAUUUUGGGAUCAGAAACACCUAGGUGCUGCCUGUUGGAAGACACCUCUGAGCAACAACUAGCUAUGUAUAAUGCUCUCAUCCGUGAUGGGAUUAAAGUGAUUCUUAUAGAAAUAGGUGAAAUACAAGACUACAUGAGCAUGCCAGAAUCAAUCAGAUACAUUAAGCAAAAACAUGGAGCUAUUCAAUGGAAAGGGGACUUCUCAGAGAAAUCUUGUUCAGCAAACACAAGAUUCUGGAAAAAUGUGCGCUAUCAAAUGCCAUCCAGGAAAAAGGGAUCUUAUUCUGAAAUGCAUUUGUUGCCCCUAACGUCGAACAGUUCUGCAGCAAAGGAAAGUUAAGAAGCACUUAUUUAAAUAAUACUAAGAAGGUAAUUCUGAGUUGGGAUGUUUCUUGCAUAUUCUUUUUACUACAAAGUAGAUGUUUUCUUUGAGGAGUAGAAACUGCUCAUCCCUUCCAUAAACUGCACCCUAAAAGAAAAAAAUUCUGUGCAACUUUAUUUCUGUACUGAUUUUGGAUAGUGACACAAUUUCUUGUGUUAGUCUCCAUCAAAUAUUAUAUAUAAACAUGGUGGUGAUGAUACGCAAUUAA